AUGCAAAAAAAUUGGUAUCGUCAUAUCUCGUGGAGCCACACUCUUCACUGCGAUGAGAUGUGCGACAUUAGAAAAAAAAACGUUAAAAACGACAUUUCCGCGACACAAUCAUCAAAGUGGGAUAGCCGGAGAAAAUCGGCACGUGAUUCACAUACCUCUUCAACGGACUUGAGAUAUACUAGCUACCUCCUGCAAGUGGGUGCCGAUCGUCAUCCUGAAGCUCUAAAUCCUAAGAGCCCCGAAAGCACUUUCGUUAAUACCCCGCUAUCUAAUCAUACGCCCUCUUGGCGGAGGGGGGUCCUUUAA